UGCUAAUACCGCAACACCUCAUUUCAUCGACCUCAACCACGUUGUAGUCAUGCAAAGGAUCUCUUCUCCUAUAAAUUCACUCUCCUCCCUCUGCUAAAUCCCUCAUCCCGCACAGAAAAAUCAUAUACAAUCUCUUAGAUUUGAUUCCAUACGUAGCAAUCAGCAGAGUUAAGUAUAUAGUAAUGGCGAAGUUAGCGGUUUUCACAGCAUUAUUUGUAACCCUGUUGGCCGUCGCUCAGGCCAACAGGUUCACCAUAACCACCACAGUGGACGAGGAUGACGUGAACCAAGGCGGACAGAGGCCGAUGCAGAUGUGCCAACAGCAAAUCCAGCAGCAGAUGCAGCAGAUCCGCCACUGCCAGCGCUACCUGUCUUCAGGCAUGAUGAUGACGGAAGAUGCCGCCGGGAUCGAAGAGGUGGUUGGGCAAAGCGGUCCGCAGAUGAUGCAGCCCCACCUCCGGCAAUGCUGCAUGACCCUCCGGAACUUCAACGAGCAGUGCCGAUGUGAGGCCGUCAGGGCGGCUUUUGGGAUGGCGUGUUCGCAGCAGCAGCAAGGGCAGGGCGGGUGGCAGGGACAGGGUGGACAGAUGAUGGAACAGAUGAGGAUGAAGGCUCGGUUCCUUCCUCAGCAAUGCAACAUGGGCCCCCAACAAUGCCGUGUUUAAGGCCAUUUUAUGGCAAUUUUUAUUCCCAAUUUGAUGUACCUGUAAUUGUAAUGUGAGG